UAGAGUACACAGAAGCGUCAUCUUCAACUUGGUUUUGUCAUGUUUAUUGCUGAUAUUUCUACUCGGUCCGUGUGGCAGACUGAGUGUCAUUUUUAGGGAAGCCAAUGUUUGUUUUUGCACAUUUUUGGAGCCUGUUGUUACUGCGUGGCAGGCUGGUUACGAGAGUCUUCUAACUGGCCGUUUGGUCCCGCAGCUUGUCGCAGCUGAAGAAAAUAGAACCAGUUGCCAAGCCAGCGGUCCGUACCCAACAUUUGCUUCAGCCGCAGCCAUACUUUCCCCGAGGAUUCGCAUUUGAAGUUUACGGGAAGCUGGCUCGUAGGGCAGCCUGAAUUUCGGAUUUGAGGGCGUUUUGUGUGUUGGUGGAGAAAUUGCUGCUGGCCGUAGACUUGGGUGGCUAACAGCAACUAGCUGUAUUAUAACCCGAACUCGACAGCUGUCAUUGGAGAAAGGAAAGUGAUCCCCCGCAAAUGAGCGAGCCAGUGAAGUGCUUUUCCUUUGGAUUUACAUCAGCCGCUUUUCCAUCAAAUGGGCAAAGUUGGGAAUACCAUUGCAACGCUGGGAUAUAAUGAUAUGUGCUGUGCAUUUUUGAGAACUGCAGUGUUGUUUCAUUGGAGAGAGGCUAGCUAGCUCCAUUAGCUCGCUAGCUUGCUGGCAAAUAAAAGUACGACGUUUCAUCCCCCCAGUAUUUUGGGACAUGAAGAGGAUAAUUCUCUGUCCAUAGGACUGGAAGAAUGUCAUCAGAGGAUAGAACUGUGGAGACCUCUGACCAGGGACCCUCGCCGUCAUCCAGCAGCGUAGGGGCCACGUCCACAGGAAGUCCUGCCAAUGCAGACAAGCGACCACGUGGCAGGCCGCGCAAGGAUGCUGCUGCGGCCACCAUCCUACCACAACCACCACCCCUAUCAACUGCUAAAAGCAAGAAAAAGGGUCGCACCAGGGGAAGGGUUGUUUUGGAUGAGGAGGACAGCAUGGAUGGUACAGAGAUAACGGAGACCACAGACCCUCAGGAUGCAGAAACACAAAUCCAGCCAGUGGAAACUGUGGAAGUGGAGACCACUGAGGCGCCAGAGGAGGAGAAACGCCCUUCCCCUCUGGCCCAGAGCCCCCCAGCAGAGAGUUCAACAGGACCAUCUGUCCCGGCAAGUGGAGAAAUCAAAAGCAGGGAGCGUCUCUGUGCCUUCUGUUACUGUGGUGGUCGUAGCCUUCUGGGUCAGGGGGAACUACAAGUAUUCAGCACCACAUCUCUGCAUGAAACACCCGUCAGCCAUAACGGUGAGGAAAGCUCGACAAGCGACGGCAGUGAUGGCGACGUAACUGCUCAGCCAAAAACGGCUGUUGACGACACCUCAGGAGAGAAGGAAACCAAUGGGUCUGAAACCUGCCACGAAGAAACAGACUCUGCCAGUCGAUUUUGGGAUGAGCUUUCUCACGUCGGCCUUCCACAAGGUCUUAAAGUCCAGUCUCUGUUUGAGUCAGGGCAAUGUUGGGCACAUCAGAGUUGUGCCUUGUGGUCUGACGGUGUUUGUGAGGGCGAGGGACAAUCUCUACUUAACGUGGACAGAGCCAUUGACUCAGGGAGCACAAAGCACUGUGCAUACUGUAAGCGCCUUGGAGCCUCCAUUAAGUGCUGUGCAGAAGGAUGUGCUCAACUCUACCAUUACCCCUGCGCAGGGGCAGCUGGGACAUUUCAAGAUAUUAGAAGUCUUUCACUCCACUGCCCAGAACAUAUUGAAUUGGCAAUUCACAAAUUUGUAGACGAUGUAAAUUGCGUGCUGUGCGAUAGCCCAGGGGACCUACUAGACCAACUCUUCUGCACCAGUUGUGGUCUGCAUUACCACGGGAUGUGCCUGGACAUAGCAGUGACCCCUCUAAAAAGGGCAGGUUGGCAGUGUCCAGAGUGCAAAGUCUGCCAGACAUGCAAGAACCCAGGAGAGGACACUAAAAUGCUGGUGUGUGACAUGUGCGACAAAGGCUACCACACCUUUUGCUUGCAACCGGCUAUCGACUCUUUGCCAACCAAUGGGUGGAGGUGCAAGAACUGCAGGGUUUGCAUCCAGUGUGGAACACGAACUAGUGGACAAUGGCACCACACCAGUCUGUUAUGUGAGAACUGUGUCCAAAACCAGGACCCUGCUCUGUGCUGUCCAAUGUGCUCCUGCAUCCUGGACCCUGAGCAUCACAAAGACUUACUACUCUGCCAGACUUGUAAAAGACGGCUACACCUGGAAUGUGAGCGUCAGAACUCAGGCCGUGGAGAAAUCCACCCCAAGGAGGACUAUGUUUGCUCCAACUGCAGGUCUCCUGCUGCAGAGCGGGCGCUGGAGGCUGAGGACAUGGACAUUGGCCCAGAGCUCAGUCCUCAACCAGCCCCCAUGCACAUAGACUCUGAGACUGGACUACCGCCGGCUCAAAAGCACAAAGACCUUGAACCUGGCGUUCAGCUGUCCCCUGAAAUGCACAAUGAUCCCAAACCGGAAUUACUUGCUGUUCCAUUGCACUCUGAUCCAGAGCCUGCUCAAACCACCGUCCAGGAGGAGAAGUCGCCCAUGCCAGACCAAAAGCCAGAAGCCCAAGGAGGAGCAGAUGCUAUUGAGAUGCACGGUACUGAACCUUCUGUCAACAAAAUUACAGCAGAAUUCAACCCAGAAACAAAACCAGCAGCUAGACCCCAGGUCACGUCCACAGAAAGUUCUGCGUCUUUGUCAUCUCUGAGCCAGGAACCCUUUCUUGUCCAGCAGCCCAUAGAGGCGCUACAGAUGCAGGAUAUCACAUUGCUAAUCAAGCCAGCAAAUACAGAGGCCUGCCCUGAGCAGGGCACGGUCAACCCCAGCACAAAGGAUCUUAAGGCCAUCAUCUCAACCACCAAAGAACCAAGUACUACAUCAGUAACUUUCAUGGAACAGCCAAUGGAAGUCACACUACACCAAACUUCAAGUAUGGAUGUAAUGAAGGCUUCUUUCUUGGAAACUGCUCCUAAACAACCUAACAAAGAGAAGAAUGAGGGUGUAUUUCACAUGAACUUGGCAGAGACUGUUAAGCCUUCAACUUCUAAUAGAUCAGAGGAGAUGAACUCUCCACUGGACAACAAGCCCAAUGUGUUAUUUCCCGGUUUGUCGUUAGAGGAGAAACCCGUCAAAACAGCUGUGGAGAGACUGGCCGAAAUGGUCUCCUCUCCCUCACACUCUUCUCCUCUAGCCAGAGGGAUGCCUCUCAGAGACCCGCCACAGACCCAGAUCCUACCCACGCUGAGUGACCACAGCAGUAUAAUACCAACAACAAACCUCAUACCGUUCACGCCGAAGAUUGGCAUGGGAAAACCAGCCAUCACAAAGAGGAAGUUUUCUCCUGGGAGGCCUCGGGUCAAACAGGGUGCAUGGAGCCCCCAUAGCAGUGUGUGCUCACCCUUUUCCUGGUCACCAGACCAGACAGAGGGUUGGGACCCAAGGACCAGGCAGUCUUAUGGCAGCCCCGGUUGGAGCAUCAGAGUGGGCCGAGGAUCAGGCUUUCCUGGUAGGAGGAGGCCAAGAGGAGCAGGGCUGUCGGGCAGAGCUGGACGGGGCAGAGCCAGAGGGAAAAACGGAGUGAGUCCCAGCAUCAACCCUGGGAUCACUGCAAUAGAAACACAAUACCCACUCAAAGAAGAGGAGGAAAAUGCGAUGCACAACACUGUCGUAAUUUUCUCCAGCAAUGACAGUUUCACGCUAAAACAGGACAUGUGCGUGGUUUGUGGGAGUUUUGGUCUCGGUGCAGAGGGACGUCUGUUGGCCUGUGUACAGUGUGGCCAGUGCUACCAUCCCUUCUGUGUCGGUAUAAAGAUCACCAAGGUGGUGCUCAGUAAAGGCUGGCGAUGUCUUGAGUGUACGGUGUGCGAGGCUUGUGGGCAAGCCACAGAUCCUGGCCGCUUGUUGCUGUGUGACGACUGCGACAUCAGCUAUCACACAUACUGUCUGGACCCUCCUCUGCAGAAUGUUCCUAAGGACAGCUGGAAGUGCAAGUGGUGUGUGUCCUGCACUCAGUGUGGUGCAACCACUCCAGGACUGAGGUGUGACUGGCAAAAUAAUUACACACAGUGUGCUCCCUGUGCCAGUCUUACAUCAUGCCCGGUCUGCCUGAUGGACUACAGUGAGGGCACCAUCAUUGUUCAGUGCCGCCAGUGUGACAGAUGGUUUCAUGCUUCUUGUCAAAAUCUUCAUUCAGAAGACGAUGUAGAAAAGGCGGCAGAGAGCAGCUUCGACUGCACGAUGUGCCGAACAUUUAAGACCACAAAAGUUAUAACAAAGACAAGAGAGAUCACUGAGCCACUACUUGCGACACAAACAUUUUCCAAAGCUAAAGAUUUUGAUCUGUCUCGGACCUACACCCAGGAUGGUGUUUGUUUGACAGAGUCAGGGCUUUGUCAGCUCCAGAGCUUGUCUGCUGCUGCAUCACGACGACGGAAACCUAAACCAAAGCUAAAGCUGAAGAUUAUUAACCAGAACAGCGUGGCAGUACUUCAGGCCCCCGUGGACCCUCUUUCAGAACUGUCUCGAGACGAAGACAUGGAGGACCACAGAGAGGCGGAGCUCCUUGAUUGCGAGACAAAGUCUGACUCAAGCCUGGAGCGAGAGCCAGCGGAAGAUGACUCCAAAGGGGCCGACGGCGUCAAGAAGAGGAAGAGGAAACCGUACCGACCGGGCAUUGGGGGGUUCAUGGUCCGUCAAAGAAGCCGACCAGGCCAAGGUCCAAGCAAAGCAAAGCGAUCCCUCUGCAGAAAAGAUUCGUCUGGCUCUGUGUCAGAAAACCCCAUCAGUAAAGAUGAAGGUUGGACAGAAGCCCAGCCAGAUACUCCUUUGGAUGAGACGCCCUCUGGACAAGAGGUCCCAGAAAAGAUAAAGAAACGCUACAGGAAGAAGAAGACCAAGCUGGAAGAAGCUUUUCCAGCCUAUCUGCAGGAGGCUUUCUUUGGUAAGGACCUACUGGACAAAAGCAAGCAGAGUAGACAGCAGGGGGUCGAAUCAGGCUUGCUGGAGGACGGGCAGAGCUAUGUAGAGAGGAAGCAGCCCACUGCAGGCUUCUUGGAUUCAACAUCAGACCCGCUGCUAAGUGCAUCAGCAGCAUCCAUUCCCUCCAGGCCGGCAGCACCACAGACGACAGAGGAACCAUUAGUUGAUCUAGCUGAUGUUCUGAACACUGGUGCAGACAUCUUGGGAGUGCUCGGAAAGCCAAGCGGUGACUCUGGUCUUGAUUUUUGCCCGUUCAAGGUUGACAGCUCACCUCCUCCUUUUGCUGGACUGGACAUUGGGCCACUUGCAGAUGGCUCCCCAGUAGCGCCCCAAUCUCAGACUGGCCGAAGGACACCUCGAACCAUCCCAGAAGAACCCCUGGACGGCAUUCUUAGCCCGGAGCUAGACAAGAUGGUCACUGAUGAAUCAAUUCUCAGCAAAUUUUACAAAAUUCCAGAACUGGAGGGCAAGGAUGUGGAAGAUCUGUUCACUGCAGUCCUUAGCCCGAGUACGAGCCAACCACUUCCACCACAGGUGCCUCACCCUCAGGUUCCAGGACCCCUCCCUGCUACACCUGGCACUGGUAUGCAUCAUCAUAAUGCAGGUAACCCGAUGUUUCCAAGGAUGCCAAUGAUCAAUGGUAUGAGGGGACCAAACCCACGCUUCCCUGCAAAUCCUGCAACAGGACCUUGCAUCCCAGAAAAUUUCUCCCCUCUGAACCGUAUGCCUUUCACUGACAAUCCAAGGGAUUGUAAAUUUAAUCAGAUGGCCAGAGAGGCAGUUGGUUCUUGGCCAACUUCUACCCAUGGCCCUGGCCCUCCGCCUCCCGGGUCUUUGCCUGAUGGGGAAACUGAAGCCAUGUCAAACGCCCAAAGGAGCACACUCAAGUGGGAGAAGGAGGAAACGCUAGGGGAGCUUGCCACUGUUGCGCCUGUCCUAUAUACAAAUAUCAAUUUCCCCAACCUUAAAGAAGAAUAUCCAGAUUGGUCUACAAGAGUAAAGCAAAUUGCUAAACUUUGGAGGAAAGCUAGCUCACAAGACAGGGCCCCAUAUGUGCAAAAGGCAAGAGAUAACCGAGCAGCCCUGCGCAUCAACAAAGUCCAGAUGUCGAAUGAGACGGUGAAGAGGCAUCAUCCGCAGCAACAUCCCCCUGAGGUGUUUGAUCCCAACAUACCACUAGACACAGAUCUCCUCUUUAAAGACCCUUUGAAACCAAAAGAGUCAGAGCAUGAACAAGAGUGGAAGUUUAGACAGCAAAUGAGGCAGAAAAGCAAGCAACAGGCCAAGAUUGAAGCCACACAGAAAUUGGAGCAAGUAAAAAAUGAACAACUCCAGCAACAGCAGCAGCAACAACAGCAAAAUCAACAACAGACAACCAGUCAAUCAGAGGGAGAUGGUACCAACAGUGGUAACCAGAGUCCAGCCUCUCAGCCCAGUAAUGGCAGCUCCUCCCCGAUGCAGCAGUUAAACUCAAAAGAAACUUUUGCACGGCCACAACAACAAGCAACCCCAACAUCUUGUCCGUCAGAGGAUGUUUUUGUGCGACCACCCCCUCCCCCUCCAUCUGGUCCAUCGUCCCAGCCUCAAUCUCCACAAGUUUUCUCACCAGGAUCCUCUGGCUCUGGACCAUCUUCUCCAUGGGACCCAUAUGCCAAAAUGGUAGGGACCCCAAGACCACCGCCUCUUGGACCAAAUUCAUGUCGCAGAAUGUCUGCGGAGUCAGGUAAAUCGCCCACCUCUUUGACAGAAACGCAAGACAGAGGCAGACCCUCUCCAGCACAUGAAUCAUUUGGUUCUCCCACAUCAGUGUGCAAUGACCCUUAUGCCAAACCUCCUGAUACACCCAGACCUACGGGGGAAAUGGAUCCCUUUCUGAAACCCAUAGGACCACCCCGGGGUAGUCAAGCGGCUCAAGGAAGAUCCCCAAUGGGUUCUCCUGGCAGAGACCCAUACUCAAGGCCCAUGAUAAGAAAUGAUGCCUAUCAGCGCAUGGCCCAGAAUAGGAUGAUUUUGUCUGAUCCUUACUCUAGGCCUCUAAUAGCACCAAUACCUGGAAGUAAUGAAUCUGGAGCUGUUCCUCUCUUUAAAACACCAAUGCCCCCUCCUCAGGCUCAGGAUGCCUUCAACCGGCCAGGUCAACAUCCCACUGACAGAUUCUCCCAAAAUCAACCAAACGACCCCUAUGCACAUCCUCCGCAUACCCCAAGACCAUCAGCAAAUGACAGUUUCACCAGUCCACCUAGAAUGGGUCAGCAUCACCCUCAGGGGCACCCAUUUUCUCAGUCAGGACCAGUUCCUCAAAUGUCCAGAAAUCCUUAUGCACAUGCACCAUCCACACCCAGGCCAGAUCGUUUUACUUAUGACCCCUUUACCCAGCCCCCUGGUCCCAACAAGCCAGGUCCAGACCCUUUUUCGCAGCCUGCAGGAAACCAACGAUCCAUGAAUGAACACAGCAUUCAACCUCGACCAUUUUUUGAAACAUAUGCUCGACCACCAGGCACCCCACGUCCUCAUGACAACUACGUUCAGUCAUCAAACUCAUCUAGUCCGUCCUCCGACCCUUACUCACAGGGUCCUGCUACUCCUCGUCCCAGUGGGAUGAACCAGUUUGCUCAUAAGCCCCACAUUGGACAACGAAUGUCCCCUUCCCACUCAAUGGAUCCUUUUGGUCAUCCACCAGGUACUCCACGGCCCUCUGUGGGAGAAAGAUUCUCUAAGUCACCAGGUAGCCAAAGGGGGCCAGUAGAAGCAUUUGCUAGUACACCUGGGCCAUCUAGGACAGGAAGUAAUGACAUGUUUUCACAGCCAGGGGCACACAGAACGAUGGUUAAUGAUCCUUAUGCCCAACCUCCAGGGACCCCAAGGCCUGGUUCUGAUGUGCAUAACAGACCUAUGGUAAGGCCAGGACCAGGAGUAGGCCAAGAUCCCUUCUCACCUCCUCAAACCAGGCUUCAAGAGCAGUUUCCUCAUCCAGACUCUCUCACACCAAAACACCCUGGAGUUUCUGAAGAUGGAUUUGGCCAAUCGCCUUCCACAAGACCCAGUCAAACUCCUGGGCAUGACUCAUUUGAACAAGUGUCCAUGGCGCCUUGUCCACAGUCAACAGAGAAAAUGGAAAUAAAAGAUCAGACAACUGUGGGGAACAGUGGAGCGGGCCCUCAAGAUCCUACCCAAAUGCCAAGCAACCCACAAAUGCCUGCUUCAUCUUCUGAAUCACAAGGUGUGGCUCUCGCUGAGACGGAGGAGAGACUAAAACAGCGACAACGAAUUAGAGAGCUAAUCCUCAAGCAACAACAACAGAGGACUGCCAACAGACAGGAGAGGGGCCCUCAGGAUCCUGCUGGCAACUUAACUCCGGGGACCCCACGACCUUGGCCCCACGAGGGCCCUGGUCAACAAGGGGAAAUGUUCAACAGGCCUCCUCCACCCUAUCCUGGACAAGGACCCAUGAGAGGACCAAUACGAUUUCCUGGAAAUUUUCCAGGGGAUCAGCGAGUCUGCUUCCCUAAUGACGGGCAAAUCCAGCGGGCACCACAUCCUGGAGAUCCUAAUUUAAGACAUCAGGGACCAAGGUUUGGAUUUCCACCUGCAGCUUUAGGUCCUCAUGGCCCUCAAGAGUUCUUCCUCAGAGGGGAACACCCAAUGCAGGAAGUUCCUCCACAGAUAAGAAUGCCCAUGCCCACCGAGAUGACAAAAGGCAUGGGAGGAAGCCCAAUGGGUAUGCCUCACCACUGCCCACCACGCAGCGUGCCUAUGCAGCAACACAACAUAAUGGGUCAGCAUUUCAUCGAGCUGCGACACAGAGCUGUAGAAAACAGGCCGCGCAUGCAGUUUCCACCUGGCGCCAUGCAAGGAGGCAUGGACCCUAAUCUCCAGGGUGCAAGGCUGCCGAGCUUUCCCAGACCACAUGACUCCAGGUUCCCUUUGAAUCAGGGGCCUAAAAUGGUGGACUCUCUUCCCGGUCAGUCUGCUCACUUGCACUUGUCUGCCAGUUUGGACAAUCUUCAUCAGCAAACCCAGAUGCCAGGAAUAAAUGCCAUCAAACAAGCUCCUCUAAUGAGAUCAAUGAGCCAACCUGCUUCAAAUGAGACCCAGAAUAUGACAUCAUCCAUCAUCCUCUCUGCACCCCCUGCUGGACAGUCUGAGGCUGUCUCAGUGACUAACAGUGAAGCCGUGGAGGAAAAACUAGAUGCAGAAGACUCGGCAGUCAAAGAUCUUGAGGAUGUGGAGGUCAAAGAUCUGGUUGAUGCUGACUUAGAAAAUCUCAAUUUGGAUCCAGAGGAUGGUAAAGACCUGGAUCUGGAGACAAAUGACCUACACCUUGAUGACUUUCUGACAUCUGGCAAAUUUGACAUAAUUGCCUACACAGACCCCGACUUGGAUGAUAUCAAGAAAGACAUGUUCAAUGAAGAACUGGAUCUCAGUGAUCCCAUGGAUGAUAAUGCUGAAACUACGGACAUUCCUAAAAGUGCAAUUCCUGAAACUGAGCCUUCAUCUAGCUCAGCAUCUGCUCCGUCAAAGUCAGAGUCCAGAGGUGAGCAAUCCACCUCUGAACUUAAGACAGAAGUACCUGGGAGUCACAGCUCUGACUCCUUGGAACCAGAUCAAGAAAUUAAAACAGAGGUCAAAGACUGUCAAGGGCCACCUGAAGUAGUAGAGCAGCAACGACCUGAAAACCCUUCAUCACAGCAGGGAGCGCUCUCUGACUCCACCCCAGUCCUUUCUAGUUUACUCAUUAAACAGCAGCCUGAAGAGCAGUCAUUAAAUCCAAUCAUCGACUCCGUCAGUCAGGGAGGUAACCUCAUGGCUCAACAGAACCCGGCCGGUGAUAAUCGGCAUACCUCUGCGCUUACAGUGAGUCAAACAAUAGCAGACACAGCCACUGCAGGACAGCUAUCUGCUUCUGGCUUUGGAGCCGACCAACAAGUUGGAGUAGACCAGACUGGUCUAAGUCAAGCCCAGCAGACUGUGUUAAACCAGAAUUUGCACAGCCAGCAACACCGUCCUCUCCUGCUGGAGGAGCAGCCCCUCCUGUUGCAAGACCUCCUUGACCAGGAAAGGCAAGAACAACAACAGCAGCGUCAGAUGCAAGCCAUGAUCCGACAACGUUCCAGUGACGCCUUCUUCCCUAACAUUGAUUUUGAUGCAAUCACUGACCCCAUUAUGAAAGCCAAGAUGGUUGCCUUAAAAGGUAUCAAUAAAGUCAUGGUUCAGAACAACAUGGGGAUGGCUCCAAUGGUGAUGAACAGAUUCCCUCCCGGUCAUGCACCACCUUGUCCUGAAAGCACACCCAUCCCUCCACAAGUCAUUGGACCGGAUGGCAAAUUGACUCAAGUACAAAGACCAAAUCCUCCAAACUUUGGACCAGGAUUUGUCAACAACCCUCAGAGGGCUCAGUACGAGGAGUGGCUUCAGGAGACUCAGCAACUACUUCAAAUGCAGCAAAAGUUUCUAGAAGAGAAGAUCGGAGCUCACAGAAAGUCAAAGAAAGCCCUGUCUGCCAAGCAGAGAACUGCUAAGAAGGCAGGCAGAGAGUUCCCUGAGGAGGAUGCUGAGCAGCUCAAACAUGUCACAGAGCAGCAGGGUGUAGUGCAGAAGCAACUGGAGCAGAUUCGCAAGCAGCAAAAAGAGCACGCUGAGCUUAUCGAGGAGUACAGAGUGAAACAACAGCAGAACAACAUGACCCCCAUCAUGCCCGCUAUUCACUCAGCAACGGGCAAUCACGGCAUGGUUCCUGGCGGUCCACCGAUGGUCCAGCCUCCCAUGAACCCCAUGAUGCAGAUGCCUCUUCACCCUGGUCAACCAAACGCAGCAUCACGCAUGCCGAACCCUCCGACGGGCUGGCAUUCUGGGGCCGCAAUGCCUCUGGGUGGACCGGGGAUGCCUCCCAUGAUGCCCCCUCAGGUAGCUGCUCCAGUUUCAGCUCAGCCCCUUCAAAUACCGAUGGGUAGCAUCUCUCAGCACUCACAGAUGCCCGUUGAGCCCCAAGGCACACCUGCCCCGCAAGGCGCGGUUAAACCGAUGCAGGCGGGUGGUGUGAAGUUUGACGACAACAACCCCUUCAGCGAAGGUUUCCAGGAGCGCGAGAGGCGGGAGAGGCUCAGGGAACAGCAGGAGAGGCAGCGUGUGCAGCUCAUGCAGGAAGUGGAGCGUCAGAGAGCUCUGAAGCAUCGCAUGGAAAUGGAGCAGCAAGGGAUGAUGACCCCAGACGGCAGCGGUGCACCUCUCGCUCAGAUGCCGUUUUUCAAUUCUGAGCUGCCGCAAGACUUCAUGCAACCUCAGAGACCCCCGCUGCAGCAACCACAACUUGGACCGAUGUUUUCCCAGCAGCAGGCCAUGCAGCGCAGCUUGGGCUCCCCGCCUGGAACGUUCAUUCAGGGUGACCGGAGACCAAUGAUGGGCAAUGGGAUGAUGCCCCCAGACUCGGGGUCAGUUUUAGGGCCAGACGGUGUCGCCAUACCAGGACCUAACUUCCCCCACGCUCAGUCCAGGCCCCGCCAGUUCAGUGGCCCAGGAAUGAUGCCUCAGAUGCCCGGAGAGGGUUCUCCGUUUGAUUCUGCCACACCGCUUCCAUCCAACUUUCCAGGCUCAGGUCAAUCUCUUAUCCAACUGUACUCCAAUAUCAUUCCAGAUGAAAAAGGGAAAAAGAAAAGAAACCGCAAAAAGAAGAAAGAUGAUGAUGCGGAUUCAGUCAAGACACCUUCAACUCCACACUCGGACCUCACAGCCCCUCUAACGCCAUGCGUCUCUGACACCUCCUCGACCCCUACCAGAAACACCCACGUCUUUGGCGAUCAGGACCUGUCCAGGUCUCCACUACUGGGGUCUUCCACGCCCAGCCAUUCAGAGCUGGAGAGGCAGCUUUCUGGUGGACAGUCUGGUCAUCCCACUCCAGCAUCAGACGUGUCGAGGACGCAGGCUCAGGAGCAUGAGAGGAUCCUCAGUAACAUAAAGCUGGAGCAGACCGAUGCCGCUGAAUGUGAUGGGUCCUUCAACUCAGAGAUGAACUCUGUGAAGGAAGAAAGGAACAAAGGGAACAUGUCUCCAUUCCCCACUGGACAGAGUCCAAACAAGGGAGAGGCUGGCAAUGAGCUGCUCAAACAUCUACUGAAGAACAAGAACACGCCUCCACCUGGCCUGUCACAGCAGAGGUCAGAGGACAGCCUGCGCUCAGAGGAGGAGGAGGCCACCGACUGCAAAACCCUGCUGAGGCAAAGCUCCAUGGACAGCAACGGGGCCUAUUCUGAUGGAACCUCUGACUUUCCUGGCUCUCUGCUUCCUGAACAAGACAAAAAGAAAGGGAGGAAUAAGAGACCACCAAAGGGAGGAGAGAAGCCUGCUCGCUACAAGAAGAGAAAGAAGGAAGGAGAUGACAGGCAGCUGAUCCAUUCAGGUCCUGACACCGUUAUGACACAAAUCAAACAACAGCUUUCCCUCCUGCCCCUCAUGGAACCAUUGAUUGGAGUGAACUUUGCCCAUUUUGCUCCCUACGGCAGCGGCCAGCUCAAUGGAGAAAACCUUUUGUCUGGUACUUUUGGAAGCGCCUCGCUGGAUGGAGUCUCAGAUUAUUACUCCCAAUUGGCCUACAAGCAGAAUAAUUUGAGCAAUCCGCCAACACCACCGGCGUCUCUCCCUCCAACCCCACCACCUGUGAAUCGACAGAAAAUGAUCAACGGUUUCGCUACAACUGAAGAGCUGGCCAGCAAAGCUGCUGCCAUGGUUUCCAAAGGUCUGGUGCCCAAGCCACUCCACGUCCCAUUUAGAGCUGAGGAAGAUCUUUUAGCCCGGGCCAUCGCUCAAGGACCCAAAACUGUUGAUGUUCCAGCUUCUCUUCCCACGCCUCCUCAUAACAACCAAGAGGAGCUCAGUAAUAGAGGACAGGAGCCGUGCAAGGACAGGGAUUCACCUGACAGCUUCGUUCCCUCCUCAUCUCCUGAGAGUGUGGUUGGCAUGGAGAUAAGUCGCUACCCAGACCUGUCUCUGGUGAAGGAAGAGCCACCAUCCCCAUGCUUGUCUCCCGUGCUCCCCAUGCUGCCUGCCCCUGACGGGAAAGGGUCAGAGAUCAAACUGCAGGACAUCAAGACUGAACCUUCUUCGAUGUUCUUUGGCUCUCCCUUUGGCCCCAUGUCUAAUGAUUCCAAACAAGGACUGGUUUCUGUUGCUAUCACACUGAGACCAGCUGCAGCUGAGAACAUCACAGGUGUGGUAGCGGCCAUUUCAGACCUCCUGUGUGUGAAGAUCCCCAGCAGCUAUGAGGUCAGCAGCACCCCGGACAGACAUCCUCUAUCUAUGGCCCCUCGCAUGGGUCCCCAUGGCAUGGAGCCGCGGCCUCACAUGUUCUUCCACGGGCCGGGGGACCACACCGUGCUCCACGGCCGGUCCGGACAGUUGAUGCGUCCCACCGGGCCACAGGGAAUGAUGCAGCAGCAGCCACAUCCUUUCCAUUUCCAUCCCAACAGCCCAGGCGCUGCUGUAGCUCGAGGAGCUGACCAUAAGACUCCUGCCAGUGCUGGAUGUAAACCCCACUGGUGCUGCCACUGCAAAGUGGUAGUUCUGGGAAAUGGAGUUCAGAAAGCCAUCAAAGAUCUCCCUGCUCGCAUGAAGGAGUAUGAAGGCCGUUUGAGACCGGAUGAAAAUUUGGUCUUCUGUAGUCAAAGCUGUUUCCUGCUCUACUGUUCCUCCCCGACCCCUCAGUCCAGACCCACCACAGAGGCAAAGGAGUCUAUGUCCCUUCUUCCUGCCUCUGACCAAAGCGAGAGUUUUUGCAAAACUCAGCAUCAGUACAACAACAACAUGUCUUCACUGGACGUUCAUUGCCUCGCCCAGCUUCAGCCCAAAAUGUCUCCUCCAUCCACUCCACCCAUCCCCUUCCCUACAGCUGGAGAAACACCCAAGUCUGAGACCAAAGCUGAUGCCCUUAAGGUGACAGUGAAGCUUAAGGCCCGGCCACGGUCCCAUGAUGGCUGGCACCAGGGAAAGAGACAGAAAGGUCUCCGCUGGAGAAAGUGGAGUGUUCAGGUGGUUUUACCGCCGCGAAUGAAUUCACAGCUUCCAGAGGAAGAUAAGAUUGACGAGCUUCUGAAGAAACUAGGAGCAUCCCUGCGCCCUCCGUCUUUGCUCAAAGAUAAGAGGCGGUGCUGUUUCUGUCACCAGUUUGGAGACGGGAUCACUGAUGGGCCGGCAAGGCUGCUAAAUCUAGACCUUGACGUAUGGGUUCACCUAAACUGUGCUCUAUGGUCAACUGAAGUGUACGAGACCCAAGCUGGCGCCCUCAUCAACGUGGAGCUCGCGCUGCGCCGUGGUCAGACGAUACGCUGCGCCUACUGCCAGCAGACCGGCGCCACCAGCGGCUGCCACCGUCUGCGCUGUACCAACGUCUAUCAUUUCACCUGUGCUCUGCAAGCCCAGUGCACCUUCUUCAAAGACAAGACCAUGCUCUGUCAUGCCCAUAGGCCCCGGGGAACAGCAGGGCAAGCCUUGGAGCAUGAGCUCCGCUGCUUUGCUGUGUUCCGACGCGUCUAUGUUCAAAGAGACGAAGUGCGACAGAUCGCCACUGCCGUGCAGCAGCCAGAGUUGGGUUACACAUUUCGAGUAGGGAGCUUGGUGUUGCAUGCAAUAGGACAACUCACCCCGUUACAGAUGUCCGCCUUCCAUUCACCGACCACCAUCUUUCCCGUUGGCUAUGAGGCUUGUCGCAUUUACUGGAGCAUGCGCCAUGGCAACCGCCGUUGUCGCUAUGUCUGUUCAGUUGAAGACAAUGACGGGUUUCCAGAAUUUACAAUCAGAGUCGUUGAACAAGGCUACCAAGACUUGAUCCUGACGGACACCUCUCCUAAAGGAGUUUGGGAUAAGGUGCUUGGUCCAGUUUCUGACAAAAGAGCAGAGUCUGGCACUCUGAGGCUCUUCCCUGUGUAUCUGAAAGGAGAGGAUCUGUUUGGACUCACAGUCCCUGCAGUCACCAGAAUUACUGAAUCGCUCCCAGGAGUGGAGGCAUGUUUCAGAUACUCUUUCCGUUACGGGCGCCACCCUCUUGUGGAAUUGCCUCUCAUGUUCAAUCCAGCGGGGUGUGCACGCGCAGAACCAAAAACAAGUUCCUCCCACACUUCGCUGGUGAUAAGACCUCAACCACAGGUUGUGUCCAGCAGCAGUGCCAGGUCUAAUCAAAAUGUGGCGCAAGGAGAAGGUGGUGUUCCUCACAGCAAGACUCCAGUUGUGCACCCCAGGUCCUCCCAGUACCGCUGGAUGAAGAGCGAGUGGAGAAGUAAUGUGUAUUUGGCUUGCUCCCGCAUCCAGGGCCUGGGGCUGUUUGCUGCUAGAGACAUCGAAAAGCAAACCAUGGUGAUUGAGUACAAUGGAACUGUCCUCCGAAAUGAAGUCGCCAUCAGGAAGGCAAAGGUUUACAGAUCUCAGAACCGAGCAGUGUUCAUGUUCCGCAUCGACAGCGAGCAUGUUGUGGAUGCCACUCAAAGUGGAGGGCUUGCAAGAUACAUCAACCAUUCUUGUGCCCCUAACUGUGUCGCUGAGGUGGUUACAUUCGAGAGAGGCUACAAAAUCAUCAUCAGCUGUAAUCGCAGAGUUGAAAAAGGAGAAGAGCUGUGUUUUGACUAUCAGUUCGACGCCAUCGAAGGCCAGCACAAGAUUGCUUGCCAUUGCCGAGCUCCUGAGUGCAGGAAGUGGAUUAACUGAGCUAAACAUCAAAACCAUUCCUUGCUUGAGCGAGUGAGUGUCAUGAUCUCUGCACAGAGGAAAAAGAAAAGCUCCACACUGCAGUCGAUGUAACAAAAUAGAAGAAUAAAUAAAAAAAAUCAACAGAAGGGUUGAAGGCUAGUUCAGGAGGAUUUUUGGAGGGGGGAAAAAAACUUGUCUGGAGGAGAAAUCCAACACGGUAGCAGGAUGUGACUUGUGCCAUAUGUAAAAGAGGCUUUUGUCGUUCACAAGGCCUCCAUCUGUCUGUAUGUAUCUGCUCGUAUAUUUGUGGUGUACAUGGGGGUGCAGAAUCCACCAGCGAAUGAGAAAGCACUGUGCAGGGUGCGGCCUUACUGCUAACUAAGGGCAGGCCCUUUUUGUUAUAUAAUAAUGUAUGCCGUUAGACUAAAUGUAGACAUCACUGAUUGAGGAAUGUACAGCAAUGAAAACCGUGAAGGGAAUAUUAACUUGCACUAAAAAAAAAACAAAAAACGAAAAGAAACAAAAACACACACAGAAAAACUUUUAAAUACUU